CCUUCUAUCCCUUCCCGUUUUUGCCAUAGCCACCCCCACAAUAUAAACCCUUGGCCCCUUUCUCAAAUCCGUCUGUCUUCGUCUCGAAAUCUCAUCUACUCUCCUCUCGUCCUCUUCAAUCAGUCUAUCAUGUCUUCCUUCAAGGGCAAAUACGCUGAUGAGCUCAUUGCCAAUGCUGCCUACAUUGGCACUCCUGGUAAGGGAAUUCUUGCUGCUGAUGAAUCGACUGGGACAAUUGGAAAGCGUCUGGCAAGCAUCAACGUUGAGAAUGUUGAAACAAACAGGCGUGCUCUGCGUGAGCUCUUAUUCACAGCCCCUGGUGCCCUCCAAUACCUCAGUGGUGUCAUCCUCUUCGAGGAAACCCUGUACCAGAAGACUGCUGAAGGCAAGCCCUUUGUUGAUGUGUUGAAGGAAGGUGGAGUGCUACCUGGUAUUAAGGUUGACAAGGGCACUGUUGAGCUUGCGGGAACCAACGGUGAGACAACAACUCAAGGUCUUGAUGGCCUUGCUCAGCGUUGCCAGAAGUACUAUGAAGCUGGUGCCCGGUUUGCCAAGUGGCGUGCUGUGUUGAAUAUUGGUCCAACUGAGCCAUCUCAGCUGUCUAUCAAUGAGAAUGCCAACGGUUUGGCUAGAUAUGCUAUCAUCUGCCAGGAGAAUGGUCUUGUUCCAAUUGUUGAGCCUGAGAUCCUGGUUGAUGGUACCCAUAGCAUUGAGAAGUGUGCUGACGUGACCGAGCGUGUGCUCGCUGCAUGUUACAAGGCUUUGAAUGAUCACCAUGUCCUGCUUGAGGGUACUCUGUUGAAGCCCAACAUGGUUACCCCUGGAUCAGAGGCCCCUAAGGUUGCACCUGAGGUGAUUGCUGAGCACACUGUGCGGGCUUUACAGCGCACCGUACCUGCCGCAGUUCCUGCUAUUGUCUUCUUGUCUGGUGGGCAGAGCGAGGAAGAGGCUACCAUCAACCUCAAUGCCAUGAACAAGCUUAAAGGGAAGAAGCCAUGGAGUCUUUCCUUCUCAUUUGGGCGUGCCCUUCAGCAGAGCACUCUCAAGGCGUGGGCUGGCAAGGAGGAGAAUGUAAAGGCGGCUCAAGCUGCACUCCUUACCAGGUGCAAGGCGAACUCCGAGGCAACUCUGGGUACCUACAAGGGUGAUGCUAAACUUGGUGAGGGUGCCGCUGAAAGCCUCCACGUCAAAGACUACAAAUACUAGGAAGUGCAGGCUUUUUGGUCAGUUUGUGUUUUUGUUUUUAUGUUUUACGAAGCAAAUUAGGUUUAUACUCUUAUUCUCUCAGGCAUGGUUUUAGAUUAUAUUCUUAUAUUUCCUAGUGGAAUUUAAGGAGAGAAUAAUAAAGCUUGUGGUGCUUGAGCUUUGAAAUGGGUUUGGUCAAUGCUUUUCAUUACUUUGUAUGUUUCGUCCUCGUUCCUCCUUCCUAGUAGAGCUUCAUGACGGGGGAGCGGACUUCCUUUUGGGUUAUGUUUUCUUCUUGUUUGUUGGAUAAUUUUUAUUAACUGACUGCACUUUUGCAACUCC